AUGUGCUUACUUGUGGCCUACAAAAUAAGGAAUAUUGGUGCUGUGGAAAAUGUUAAAGGCGAACAAGAAGAUGCUUUCAUCCUCGCCAAUUUCAAGAAGACAGAAACAAACGAAGAUAGAAACGCCGAUAUUGACGGAAGCGAUAUAUCAGGGAAAGCGAAUGAUGGACUACGUGGCGGGUGCACUAAUUGUGGAAAAUGGCUAGUAAGGAAAUGUUUCAAAGCACUGAAAGCCUCCACUAAAACUGCAUGUCGAAUUUACCAUUGCAAAAGUGGAUUCAAAAGUUCGUUCAAGUCCACUGCAAAGACUGCUUGCCUUCUGGAGUUUACGGACGACUAUGAGAUAAACAAUAAGUCCAAAUUGACUUGUAAAAAAACGAGAUCUGUACAUAUCAUGAGGGGCGGUAACUUCAACUUCUGUGGAAGCUCGAAAACUCUUCGUGAGUUAUCCGAUAACAAUCUACGAGAAUUAGCACCGAUGUACAAUGUCACUUUGAAUAUACUGAGGGACAAGUACGAAAAAGCGUGUAAUAAGGAGUUGUAUAAGAAGUGCGUCAAGGCUUGCUCGUGCACGAUUCGAACCACAUGCGAGGAACACAAAUGCAUGAAGAAGAAAAUAAAUAAAUUUACGAAGGACUGCAAGGCUGAAUGCAAGAGUACCUUCUCAACAGAAUCUUCAGAUAGUGACGGAUCGACAGAAUCAACUGACGAUUCUACUGACGAGGAUAGUGACUAUGAUGAU